GUACUUGUUGGACAAGGCCGAGACUUGUAAUCAUCCACUUGAAAAGGUACAGGGAAAUAAUCGUGCGGCGCCACCGCCGCUGCCCUCGUAUAUAAAUGGAAGUUGCACCCUAAUUAAGCCCGAAUUCCAACCAGGGACAGUCCGGGAAGAAAUUCCCGAAUAUGCACAUUCGGCCGUUCGUUGUCUCCGCUGGUGGAUUCUAAGAGCAUUAGCCCUAAACCCUUUGAACUAUAGUGCGGUCAAGAAGAAGAUCUUACCCUUUAGAUUUGACCGCAGCAUUAUCUCGCUGCAACGCUGAUUGUACACAAUUAUUCGAUUAAAUGGACGAAGAGGAAGAAGAUAGGGCUUUAUUGAACACUUUAGGUGUCACGUCUGCCAACCCUGAAGACAUUGAACGUGAUAUCCUAGAUAAGGCAAGGAGAGAUGCAGGAGAUGGCACUCAAGCUUCUGGAGCUAGUGAAGAGGAAAAUGCUGCUGAUGAAUCAAAGAAGAAUGAAUCAACUACUUCAGAUCAUGGGAAGUUGGUUAAUAAAUUGAGAGCAGUUGAACUUGAAAUAGAUGCUGUCAAAGCUGCUGUGAAACAGUUCAAAAACAUUAAGAGAGAUGAGGAUUGCCCUCCUGAUGGCGAUGACAAAACGGAAUUGGGAAAUGAAGAAGUGGGAAGAAAUAGUUUUCACACAUCUUCAAAUGAUUUAGCCAUUCAGCAUGCUCUUGCUUCUGAUCGUUUAAAAACGCUGAAAAAAACAAGGGCUGAACUGAAGAAAGAUAUUUCUAAUUAUUCUGUGAAUGCUGAGGAUGACAGGCUGAUUAGAAAUCUCAUAAAGGAAGAGCCUAAAUCCAAAAGAUUGUUGAAGGAAGUUGAGAAACCAACCCAGAAUAAGAAGAAACAAAUUAAAAAAGCUUCAUUGAUUGAAGACGAAGACUUUGAUGCUGUUUUAAAUGCAGCAUCUGCUGGAUUCGUGGAAACUGAAAGAGACGAGUUAAUUAGAAAAGGUAUCUUGACUCCUUUUCACAAGCUGCAAGGCUAUGAGCGCCGUAUUCAAGAGCCUGGGCCAUCCAGCAGACAAGUGGUGUCACAGGAUGUAAUUGGAAAUAGUGAUCUGGCUUCAUCAAGCAUAGCAAAAGCUGUGAAGUCGAUGUCUGAGGCUUUGCAAACUCGACCAACAACAAAAAUUCUUGAUCCUGAAUUAGCUCCAAGAGUUGAUGCACCCAGCCUCCCUUUUAAAAGACUAAAUAAACCUAUGAAGAUUCCUCGGUUCCUUGACUUGGAAUGUGAUAAGGACAUAGACACCAAGAGGAAGAGGAGAAGGCCUUUACCUGGUAAGAAGUGGAGGAAGUUGGUCUCUCGUGAGGAAAAACUCGAGGAAUAUCAGGAGGAAAAAUCCCCUGAGGAAGGCGAUUGGAAGUCCUCCAGUGAUGAUGAAGAUGGCAGCCAUGAAAAUGUAGAAGACAUGAACGAUGAAGGGACACCUUUUGUUACUCUUGAGGGGGGAUUGAAAAUCCCAGAAACAAUUUUUAACAAACUAUUUGACUAUCAAAAGGUUGGUGUACAAUGGUUAUGGGAACUUCACUGUCAAAGAGCUGGUGGAAUUAUUGGGGAUGAGAUGGGUCUUGGUAAGACAAUACAGGUUUUAUCUUUCCUUGGAUCAUUGGAUUUCAGUGGUAUGUACAAACCGAGCAUCAUAAUUUGUCCAGUCACACUCCUGCGACAGUGGAAACGUGAAGCUAAAAAAUGGUAUCCAGGCUUUCAUGUAGAGUUGUUACAUGAUUCUGCUCAGGAAAUAUCCAGCAGGAAAAAGAGUACCAGAAAAAACAAAAGUGACGACGAAAGUGAAGAUUAUAUGGACAGUGAUCAGGAAGAAAAACCAUCAACUAAAAAUACCAAAAAGUGGGAUUCGUUAAUCAACCGUAUUUUGAGAUCAAAAUCUGGCCUACUAAUAACUACAUACGAGCAACUUCGUCUACAUGGUGACAAAUUGCUUGAUAUUGAAUGGGGAUAUGCUGUCCUAGAUGAAGGACAUCGCAUUCGAAAUCCAAAUGCUGAAAUUACUCUAGUUUGCAAACAGUUGCAAACUGUCCACCGCAUAAUAAUGACUGGUGCACCAAUUCAAAACAAACUGUCUGAAUUGUGGUCUUUAUUUGAUUUUGUGUUCCCUGGAAAGUUGGGUGUCCUUCCUGUAUUCGAGGCUGAGUUUGCCGUUCCAAUAUCUGUUGGUGGUUAUGCUAAUGCAACCCCUCUGCAAGUAUCUACUGCUUACAGAUGUGCUGUUGUCCUGCGUGACAUGAUCAUGCCCUAUCUUCUUCGGCGAAUGAAGGUAGAUGUUGAAGCACAACUUCCAAAGAAGACUGAACAUGUCCUCUUCUGCCGUCUUACCUCAGAGCAGCGAUCUGUGUACCGUGCAUUUCUAGCUAGCUCUGAGGUUGAACAGAUCUUUGAUGGUAGCAAGAAUUCACUUUCUGGAAUUGAUGUGAUGCGUAAAAUCUGCAACCAUCCUGAUCUUCUUGAGAGAGAACACUGUCAUGGGAAUCCAGAUUAUGGGAACCCCAAACGCAGUGGCAAAAUGAAAGUUGUUGCAGAAGUGCUUAAAGUUUGGAAGGAGCAAGGACACCGAGUUCUAUUUUUUGCACAAACACAGCAGAUGCUUGAUAUUAUUGAGAAUUUUUUGAUUGCUGAUGGCUAUAGUUACAGAAGAAUGGACGGUCUGACACCUGUCAAACAAAGGAUGGCUCUGAUAGAUGAAUUCAACUGUACAGAUGAUGUGUUCAUAUUUAUUUUGACAACCAAAGUUGGUGGACUUGGAACAAAUUUAACAGGUGCUAACAGAGUGAUCAUUUUUGAUCCUGACUGGAAUCCCUCAACCGAUAUGCAGGCUCGAGAGCGGGCUUGGCGUAUUGGUCAGAAGAAGGAUGUCAUAGUUUAUCGAUUGAUUACCCGUGGGACUAUUGAAGAAAAAGUUUAUCAAAGACAGAUAUAUAAACAUUUUCUCACCAAUAAAAUACUGAAAAAUCCACAGCAGAGAAGAUUCUUCAAAGCCCGUGAUAUGAAGGAUCUUUUCACAUUAAAUGAUGACGGUGAAGAUGGCUCUACUGAAACAUUUAGCAUAUUCAGCCAGCUAUCCAAUGUAGUUACUGUUGUUGGCUCUCACCAAGAUAAGCAGGAAGAACCAAAACACAUGAACCCUGGCACCUCAGAUACUGAUGCUUUGGCAGCUGAAUCAGGAGGUAAUUUGGUGGGUGAAAAUGCGAUUGAAGACAAAGCCACUGGUGUCCAUACAAAAGUAGAUGAAGAAACAAAUUUCCUGCAGAGUCUGUUUGAAGCACAUGGGAUCCAUAGUGCCAUGAACCAUGAUGCAAUCAUGAGUGCUCAUGAUGAAGACAAGAUGAAAGUUGAGGAGCAUGCCUCAAAAGUUGCACAAAGAGCUGCAGAAGCAUUGCGACAGUCACGGAUACUUCGCAGAAGGGAAAGCAUUUCUGUUCCAACCUGGACCGGAAGAUCAGGAGCAGCUGGUGGGCCAUCAUCCGUGAAAAGGAAGUUUGGUUCUACCAUUAAUUCUCAAUUGGUAAACACUUCAAGAACUGACGAAGUCCCAAAUAACGAUGCCACCAGGCUAAGUGGAAUUGCUGCCGGGACAUCUUCUGGUAAAGCAUUAUCUUCAGCAGAGUUACUAGCACGGAUCAGAGGGAACCAAGAAAAUGCUGUCAGUGAUGGACUUGAGCAUCAAUUUGUCAUUGGUACGUCCACCAACAGGAGAGAACGGCCCAUGGCUAAUGGAGCUUCUCAGUCAUCAAGCAAGAGCGAAGUACUGCCAGAACUUCUCAUUCGUCAAAUUUGUACGUUUAUUCAACGGCAAGGUGGAAGAACAAGUUCAACCAGAAUAGUGGAUCACUUCAGAGACAGGAUACCAUCAAAAGAUCUGCCUUUGUUCAAGAAUCUACUGAAGGAGAUAGCAACCCUAGAGAAAAAUCAAGAUGGAUCCCAUUGGGUUCUGAAGCCAGAAUAUCAUGAUCAAUAAUGCAGUGUGGAGCUGUUGCUUCUUCAUAUUCUCAUUUUGCCUUGUGAUUUUAUGGUGGAAAAACCAGUGCACAACACCAAGUCGUAAUCAACAACCUUAGAAGUUUCUCCCGAGGAUUGAGCUAUUGAUGUCUUAAUGUUGAGUAUUAUGAGGUUAGUGUUCACUGGCAUAUUCUUGGUGGAGAACUAUAAAGAUCAAAAAAUAUAUAAGAUUUGUGUUUAAAUAUGUGCGCGCAUAUAUCUGCAUAUAUAUUCCUUAUUGGAUUUGGAUAAUAGUUGAUAAUGAAUAGUUGUAGAUCUACACAUAUGACAUAGCCAGCCAUUGCCUGGGGCUUUCCAGUAUCAAAGGAGUGCGCGCAUGUAUCUGCAUAUAUAUUCCUUAUUGGAUUUGGAUAAUAGUUGAUAAUGAAUAGUUGUAGAUCUACACAUAUGACAUAGCCAGCCAUUGCCUGGGGCUUUCCAGUAUCAAAGGACCACAAAAGUCCUCAGGAUUGAGCUGUUCCACGCUCAGCCCAAUUAGCAUGGACUGUGUCCCGAGGCCAAGGAUAAGUUUGGAAUUUUGAGAUUUUUGCUUCAUGUCGAUGACAUGGAUGAGUCGGGUCAUCUGCCGGGGGUGGGCAGUGGUAGAUGGGGACAUUCUUUAGAUGAUCACAUUUGCAAAUGAUGAGAAAGAUGGGCAGGGAUGAGUAAUUUGUUGAUAAGUGUUUUAAUGCAAGCAAUUAUUGUGCUUAGCUUUGCUUCUUUGAUUGUAGCACUGGAUAGGCAUUAUUGCCAUAUGUUAUAUUUUUUUUAAUUAUUGUAUACAUUUAUUGAAAAUAAUUGUGCUAUGUUUGGCAAUAUAUAAGCCCCUACUAUUAAUCAUAUUAAUUUUUGAGAAAUUGUAUGAAAACGAAAGAA